CCCCGCCCCCACCUCCGGAGGUGGCGGCCCCACGCGGCCCAACAAGCUGCCGUUGUCCCGCGGGCCCCGGGCCCGGCACACUGGGGCUUUGUCCAGCCCCCCGCCGCGACCCACGGUGGGGGGGGCCCCACAUGACCGAGGGGGUAGGAGGAGCCUGCGGCGGCGGUGGCGGCGGCGGCGGCGGCGGCGGCGGCGGCGGCGGCUCCUCCACCACCAUUUCCCUCCCUGGCCGGGGGUCGGCGGGCGGUGGUGGCGGCGGCGGCGGCGGCGGCGGCGGCGGCCGGGCAGGGGCCCCUGUUCCCCGCCAGGCUGCAGGCGCCCGGCCUGGGCCAGCAGGGCAGCUGCGACCCAAGCGCUCUCCGGGCGGCGAACUGGGGGUACUUCCUGGACUCUACCUCGGGAACUUCAUUGAUGCCAAAGACCCGGACCAGCUGGGCCGGAACAAGAUCACACACAUCAUCUCUAUCCACGAGUCACCCCAGCCUCUGCUGCAGGACAUAACCUACCUUCGCAUCCCUGUGGCGGACACCCCUGAGGUACCCAUCAAAAAGCACUUCAAAGAAUGUAUCAACUUCAUCCACUGUUGCCGCCUCAAUGGGGGGAACUGCCUUGUGCACUGCUUUGCAGGCAUCUCCCGCAGCACCACCAUCGUGACGGCCUAUGUGAUGACUGUGACGGGGCUAGGCUGGCGGGACGUGCUUGAAGCCAUCAAGGCAACCCGGCCUAUCGCCAACCCCAACCCAGGCUUUAGGCAGCAGCUCGAAGAGUUUGGCUGGGGCAGUUCCCGGAAGCUCCGCCGGCAGCUGGAGGAGCGCUUCGGAGAGAGCCCUUUCCGCGACGAGGAGGAGGUGCGCGCGCUGCUGCCGCUGUGCGCGCGCUGCCGCCAGGGCCCCGCGCCCGCGCCCGCGGCCCCCGCGCCGCACUCGGCAGCCUCCGAGGGAACCCUGCAGCGCCUGGUGCCGCGGCCGCCCCGGGAGGCCCACCGGCCGCUGCCCCUGCUGGCACGCGUCAAGCAGACUUUCUCUUGCCUCCCGCGGUGUCUGUCCCGGAAAGGCGGCAAGUGAGGAUCCCAGCUCGCCGUGGCGCCCCUCUUCCUAACGACCGGUCCCCUUCAGGGCUGUUUGGGCCUCCCACGGCCUCCAGAACGGGCCCAGAGCCUGUGGGAGCCCCGCGGCGCCCCGAGCCCUGCCCCUGCCCCUGAUACCCGCCCUGCUUGUCUGCGUCUGCAGUCUGUGUGUCCUCCAUCCGUGCGUCUCUGUGUCUAAGCCGGCCUGCUGCAGCCACUUGGUGCCUUAGUCCUUGGGCUGGGGGGAGGGGGCACCCGGGCCUCCACCCUUAAAGGCAGCGGGAGUGGGAGUGGGUGGGGGUGGGGGGGGGUUGGAUGGGCCUGGAGGAUAUUAAAGAGACACAGAAGCUGUCUGUCUGAGCUCCUCCUAGUCAUUCAGCAAGGGGCCUGGAUGCAGGACUCUGCGUGGGGCUGGAGCCUGCAGGACACAGGGAUGGGAGGGGGCCGGCAUCCCCAAGGGUCUGGAGGAGCCCGCCACCUCCUCAAAAUCGCUCUGGGCAGGACUGAAUUCCUGGACUCCGGUUCACUGCCUGACCACCCCCCCACCCAAUCUCUCCCUGAAGCCCUGGUCUCCUGAAAAGGCCUCUAAAUCCCUCCUUCUCUCUGAACCCUUUUGCCCUCUAAGCUCUUCUCCAUGUCACCAGCUCCCUCCUCUUCUCUACUCACAAAUACUAGGUAGUAAGCUGUCCAAAUAGUGCCUCCUUCAUGCCUGACUUUUUAAAUGCAUGGAUUCACUUCAUCUCUGGGAGGAAACUGAGGCUCAGAAAGGUAGGCAGCUUGCCUAAGGACAGCUGGAGUAGGGGAGGCUGGAUUUGAACCUAGGCAGUCUGUGUCCCAUGGUGGCUGUUAAGAAGUAGUUCCUUGGUGACCGUUUAAUCGGAUUAUUACGGGCCUUUUGGUGGUGACUUAUAUAAAGUUCUUUAUAUAUUUUUGCAUAUUAACUCCUUAUUGGAUGUUUCAUUUGCAAAUACCUUCUCCCACUCAAGACCCUUUUCACCUAGAGCUUAAAGGCCAGGGGGCAGCCACUGAGGAGGGAAGGAAGGCCUCGGGGCAACCCCAGCAAGCAGCAAAUGGACUCGAGUUGAACAGAGGUCAUCCGAGCUGAGUUUUCUGAACUAAAAGUAACUUGGGAGUUGAGAGGGGUCUGAAAAAACUCCAAUCUAAUAGCCACCUGGCUGGGGGCCCUGUUAUGCACCAAGUACCAUGUUCAGGGCUGUGGGAGAAGCCCAGAUUCCAGUAUUGGGGGUGAGAGGAUGGAUGAAAUAAUCCUCAUCUGCUGCCCAGCCUCCUCAGGAAACUGAGGUUGAUGUCCGAGGUCACCAGCUGGCAAGUGGUGGGGCUGGGAUUCUAAUCCAGACAGUCUGGCUGGAAAGUCAAGGGAACCCCAUCCUCCUAAUCACUAUGACUCUGCCACCCAGAAAAAUGAAAAGAUUAUCUGACACACUUAACAUUCCCACUUUGAUGUAAUUAUUACACUUGGACUUGAUCCUAUGAAAUGCUUUGCCUCCCACACCCCCACACCCCACCCCUGAGCCCUACAAUUGGGUCUGAAUUGUGUCUAUAACUGUCGAGGGGUCAGAACUGAGUGGCUGCUGGGUUGGGAGAACAGAGGGUGGAGAGCACGAAGAAGAUGCCCCCGACACAUGCACAAGGAGGACAGUACUUCCAGCUUCUGGUCAACGCUGACCAGGCAUCCACCUCUGUGCUCAUUCGGAGUUUUAGUUUCCCCAUGUACACAACAAAGGGUAGAGCAGUCUGAGCUACUUGACCUCUUUCAAACUGCAAACUCCCUUUGACAGUUAAAUGAAAGAUACAAACCAUAGAAAAAUGUAUAGACAUGAAAAAAAAUUGUAUAUACUUUCUGUGGGGAGUAGGUGUCCCUAAACCCCAGAUGUAAGCUGUUGGGAGAUAGUGGGGGGCACUGUGUAGUGUCCUGGGCUUUGGGGACAGAGAGACAUAGGUUCAGGUUCUGACUGCCUCCAAGUACUAGCUCUAUGACCUUGUUACAGGGCUUUAACCUCUCUGAGCCUUAUUCUUCUUACUAAUAAAAGGGGUAGACUCUUCUCACAUGUUGUGAUGAGAACCCACUGACACCCUGCAGGAAAGGCUUUGGCCACGCCCACACCCUAGUGAGCCAUCAAUGGAUGAGGACUCCCAAUAUUAAGGAAGUAUUUCUUCAGGUGUGGCUCAUGGACCACCUGGAUCAGAAUCCCACCGGAGAACUGGUUAAAUACAGAUUACUGGUUUCUUGCCCAGAAAGUCUUUUUUUUCUGCAGGUCUGGUAUGGAAGCGAAGAGUGUACAGUUUAAACUAGUCUCUGCCUCCCAAUUCUGAUGGGAGUUAGUCUAAGAAGCACUAUGGCUUUUACCUGUACAGUCCAGGCGCUGAAGAGAGAACUGUGACUUCCCCAUAGGCUGGGAAGCACAGAGAACAGGUGCACCGGUGGCGCAAGGGACGCCUCUGGGUGACCGCCGGGGCCCCUCUACAGGGACGGACAGAUCCCUGGCUACCCUCCCCGUACAGUCCAAUGGGUACCCUCCAAUGGGUCAUGGAGUCCCACCGUGCCUCUAACUGGCCCCUCUGUGCGGCGCGACACCCUCCGGGCCAGGCUACCACAAAGAGCGAAGGGUAGGGCCUCCCAAGU